AUGGGGAGCCGGCGGCGGGCGGCGGAGCGGCGGGAGGCGCGGGGCCCGGCGGCGGAGGAGGGGUACGCGGUGGGGCAGGUGGCGGACAGCCUCGGGCCGGGCGGGGCGGCCGCCGCGCCCCUCGCCCGCCUCUUCAGCGCCGCCGCCGCCCCGCCGGUGCUGGUGGCCGUGACGGGGGAAAACAAGAAAAGAAAGCGUACAGAAGAAGUCGAGAAAGUGUCAGAAGAACAGAGCUCCCCUGUCGUACCGGAGCCUGCUGUAAAAGCAAAGAAACCCAGAAAGAAGGAACUUUCAAAAGCGCAGAAGAACCUGGGAAGCAGAGAGAGCGCUUUGCAGCGGGCAGAUGAAGAGGAGGAGCAAAAACUGAUUCAAAACAAAGCGAAGCAAAAAGAAGGGGCUUCUCGUGCCGUCACCAAAAGCAUUGUUAAUUCAGAUACAGGCACUACUGCCAAACAACAGAAGAAAAAACAGGUGAUUGAUGAAACGGUCGACAGAAGAACAGUGUUUGUUGGAAACUUGCCUGUCAGCUGUACUGUUCAGGAGCUGAGAUCUCUUUUUAAAGAGUAUGGACAAAUUAAAUCCAUUCGAUUCCGGUCUUUGGUUCCAGCAGAAGAUGUUUUAUCCAAAAAGUUAGCAGCAAUAAAGCACAAGGUGCACCCUAACGCGAAGUUCAUUAAUGCUUAUGUUGUUUUUAAGAAAGAAUGUGAUGCCAUUAAGGCUCUAAACGAAAAUGGAAGAGAAUUUGCUAGUGGAUUUCACAUCAGGGUUGACAUUGCAUCAAAAACCAGCUCGCAUGACAAUAAGCGAUCUGUAUUCUUGGGAAACCUCUCGUAUGACAUCAGCGAUGACUCUGUGCGAGAACACUUUUCUGUCUGUGGAGAUGUAGUAGCAGUGCGCAUUGUGAGAGACAGGAGGACUGGCUUGGGUAAAGGCUUCGGCUACGUUCUCUUCGAGAAUACGGAUGCUGUACAUCUUGCUCUGAAACUCAACGACUCUGUUCUGAUGGGAAGAAAAAUACGAGUGAAGCGGUGUGGAGAGAAGUGGAAAGCACCACAGAAAAGUCACAGUCAGCCUCGUGCUCCUAAGGACAGAGCUGCUCCCACACUAAAAACCAAGAGGUGCACAAAUGAUUCAUUUGUUGGUGAAAAAGCAAACCCGUUAAAGAAGAACACCAAACCAAAAAGACUAAAAACUAUUCCCAGAAAUAAAGCUGGGAAAAACAAAAAGUCUUUUGAUAAAAAUCAAACGUAUAACAGCGUUAAUUAUUCUUAUAAAGAUUGAUGUAUAUAAGAGUUUUCUGUCAUAAAUUUUGUUUGCUAAUACAGCUGUAGUUGUUCUCA